UCAAUCAUGGCGGACACAGGCCUUGGAUUUAACCCCGUAGUUGUGAACAGUGUCACUUACAUCGGGACCCUUGCAACAUUUCUUAUAGCUUUGAAGGUACCUGGGAUACACGUAAAGAAUUUCCCCGCAACAGGUUGUCUCCUAGUCUCAAACGAUGCGAAAUUUGCCGAAAAUCAAUAUUUCGAAUAUCUCUUCGUAGGGCUUUGGUCGUUGCACUUUUUGCGCCGAACGAUCGAAGUUCUCUUUGUCCACGACUACCGCCGACGAAUGUCUGUCAUAGAGAGCAUAGGAGCACCUAUUUAUUACUGGUUCUUCGCUUUCUGGAUCGGAGUUGCAUUACGCCAUGAAAACGGAUAUAGACAAACAUUUCUAGCGCUUGUCGUGGCUGGCUCAGUCGUCUUCUUGAUGGGCGAGUUUGGUAAUGGCUUCUGCCAUCUUAAACUUCGUGCACUUCGAAAGGAGAAACGGGAGGAUUUCUUUUCUAACGGAUCCCAGCAUGUUUUGCCUCGUGGAUGUCUGUUUGAACUGGUGUCGUCUCCCCACUAUUCGUGUGAAAUAUUAUCGUGGCUGGGAUUUUUCUUGACCUCGUGGGUUUUAUCAGCGGCCAUAUUUCUUCUUGCAACUUUCAUAACACUGGUAACUUAUUCAUACAAAAAGCACAAAGCAUAUAAACAAGAAUUUGAUGGACUAGCCGAUAGAGAACUUUAUCCAAAAAAUAGAAAAGCUCUUAUUCCAUUUAUUUUUUGAUGAAAUCUCUGUAGUCAGUGACCUUAAGAUGACUCGAAUCUGGACCUUUAUUUCAUCGAGAAAUAACAUGAUCUCGAAAGCAGUUAAAAACUCUUGGACCACAAAUAGCCUCUCGUGAGGUGUACAGACUCCAUUGUCUACAUGGGGGUUCUCAUCCCCCAUGGGGGGGGGGCACCUUCUUGAUCCCAGAGGGGACUGAGGAGAUUGGAAGGUUACAGCGGCCAUGGAAGAUGCAAUGAGAGGUACGAAAGGAGGAAGAGUCUUGCAGUCUGUAUGAACCAAGGUCUCAUCCUGGUCAAGUUGAUUUUGGUUUGUGAGGUGUUAAGUGACUAAGAGUAUCACUUUCCCCCAAAAUGGUUUUUAGUCCUUUGCUGGUAAACCCAGGCUCUUUCAAGGUUUCCAGACAGUUUGAAUGGAGAUAUGCACUGAGAAUCAAAGUAAAUUGCCUCAACCAAGAAUGCAAAAAGUUGACCUGGCCUAAGCUAAGACCAGGACCUGUAUAUUUAUUUGAUAUUUCUAUUACAGGCCAUCCACAUGAAAAGUUUCCUUUUCCAUUGUUCAACCAACCAACUUUUUGAAAAUUAAAGAAAAAUUGAAUAAAUAAAUGAAAAAUAAAUGACUGACUACAUGAAAAUCUUCUACGUGAACUGUGAAAUAAGAUCACAGGGGGCCCAUACAAUCUGUUUGUGUAGCCGAUUGUUAUUUUAUAGUGAAUGUACCAGA